AUGGCGUUAAGGACCUGUAUGAAGGCCAACCUGAUGCUGAUCCUCACUGUCAUCUCUGCAGUGAUGGGAGUGACCAUCGGGUUGCUGUGUCGACAGCUUCAUCUCUCCACGGACACCAUCCAACUCAUCAGUCUCCCGGGAGAUACAUUCAUGAGGAUGCUGAAGAUGCUCAUACUUCCGCUGAUUGUUGCAAGCAUGAUCACAGGAAUUGCUAACAUGGACAGCAGGUCAUCAGGAAAGAUGGGUCUGUUCACCAUCGCCUACUAUGCUUCCACAACCGUUAUAGCUAUCCUGGUAGGCUUUGCCCUGGUGUUCAUUAUCAAACCAGGAUUACAUGGUACACUGGCGUCAUCUGACACGCAGUCUGACGAUUUUCAUGCUCCUUCGACAGUUGACAUGUUUCUUGAUCUCAUCAAAAAUCUGUUUCCAGACAAUAUCGUGAGUUCCGCAAUUCAAAGUACAUUCACGCUUUAUGUCAAGGAAGAGUUUAACGAUGUCAAGAGGGAAUCUCCCGAUGAAUCCAUGCACCAGAAUGUAACAAACACGUCCUACAGGGAGAGUAACUCAACGCCUCUGGUAGAACCUGAUGGGGGAAAUACUACAGACCAAAGUAUGUCAAUCUGGACAGCCAAAACCGUCAACAAACCAGGGCUCAAUGUUCUUGGGAUGUUGAUGUAUUGUGCAGUAUUUGGGGCGAUGCUUGGUAAACUGGGACAUAAAGGUCGAGUCGUCUUCAAGUUCUUUGAGGAACUGAAUGAGAUCACGAUGGGCAUGGUGCGCAUCGUUAUGUGGUUUUCGCCCAUUGGCGUCCUGUCCCUCAUCACUGGAAAGAUCCUGAGUGUGUCCGACCUCGCUGGGAUGGUCCAUCACCUCGGGAUGUUCUUAGCCACAUGCAUCACCGGUCUCUUCGUGCAGAGUGUUGUGAUUAUACCGCUGAUAUACCUCAUCCUGACACGGAAGAACCCUUUCAGGGUGUCACUGGGAAUAGUGCAUGUUUUUGUGACAGCACUUGGUACAAAUUCUAGGUCCGUCAUUGUAAUUAUUGAUAACUAA